AUGACAUGUAGAAAGGCUUGCAACGAGUGCCCACUUGUGAAACCGAACGGAGGGAUAAGCACGGACCUCACGUGGGAAUUCUUCCAAGCGAACUUCGAGAGGAUCAAGGGCAUGCUCGCCAAAGCGUCGCCCUCUCUCAUGGACGCGGUGAUCUUGUACUGUUGUGGGGGCUUCACUGAGGAGGACAGGAUGGAGGAGGUGAAGGCGUUCUUCGAGGCGAACCCCGUGCCCAACAGCGCGCGCAAGCUUUCGCAGAUGUUGGAGUCGAUGGCGAUCAAUGUGCGCUUCUUUAAGACCAUCGCGGCUUCGCCGCUGGCGACGGAGGCCUUCUGGGAAGGGUUGGAGGUCUGAUGAGNCCCCCCCCCCCCCCUUGUCAUAUUCAACGGAGCUUGGAGGUCUGAUGACCACCUCCCCUCAUAUCACAACAACAGUAGUGCUUCGCGCUGUGCGAAUGCGUGCUGCUUGUUCUUGUUGAAGGAUUUUUGAGAGUUGUAGGUGUUCGUGAACAGGAACGGGUGCGUGGGACUUGUGGCGACGUCAACAUGGGCCGCAUGUAGCACUAUAUGAAAAAAAAAAAAAUCACACCUCAUCGAUGGUAUAGGGGCCACCACGGAGGAAGUGCUCAUCGCGUGGUGGGGCGAGAGAGAGAAGAGAAAGAGACAGACGCACAUGGCAGCCAGCCCGGGCUUUCGUUUCGUGUUAUGCGAGUGAAGGGGCGCGACAGCGCUACUACUUUCGCAGCCGGGAGGCACUUCAUUCCGCGACUGCGCACCCUUUGCAACGCGGGAGCUGCAAGAAUGACCCGCGUCAUCAGCCCCCCCCCCCCCCC